ACCGUAUUUACUUCCCUCGUACGUCCCUACAAUCCCCCUACACACACAAACAUCCCACUUACCACCACAGAAUCUGUUCUCGUUGCUCUCCAAUCUCUUGCAUUGUUAUUCCUUGGGCAUCCUGCCAGUCUCUAGAACGUCGCAUCGUUCGUGCGGCUCGCUGCAUCUAUCUCGACUUCGCAUCUCCUCCCCCGCUGCAACCACCGCCCGCUGGGGAGCGCCCCCAACGAGUCCCCCACCAUCGCCCUCUGCCCCUGCACUCUGCACUGCAGCGCCCUCCCUUGAGGUCGCCCGUAGUGUACAAUCAUCGCCAUGUCGUGGAAGCUCACCAAGAAGCUAAAGGAGACGCAUCUUGCGCCCCUCGCCAAUACCUUCAGCCGGUCCUCGUCCACUUCGACCAUUACAGGCGACGCAGCCACACCCAAACCCUCUGUCUCUAGCUCUGCGAGCAGUACUACUCUCGCAGACUCAAACGAUCCCAAUGGCAUUGCGGCGUCACAGGCAAUCCCUCCCGCCCCACCGCUCAGGCCUGGUGUCCUCAUAGUCACUCUCCAUGAGGGAAAGGGGUUCUCGCUCCCACCGGGGGCUGAACAGGCCUUCUCCUCGAGUCAUCACCAGGGUUCGCUCUCGGCAGGAGGCGGCUUUUCAGUUGCGGGUUCCAUGCGGCCCAACUCCUCACGCAAUGCAGUUCCUGGCUCAUAUUCCUCCAACAGACCGCAAUCGGCAGCGGGCAGCAUCAAUGCCGUGCCGUCAAACCAUGGCCGUUACUCCUCUCGAUACCUGCCCUACGCCCUGGUUGACUUCGAUAAACAACAAGUCUUCAUCAACGCCGUGUCGGGCAGCCCCGAGAAUCCAGUCUGGGCGGGGACGAACACGCAGUACAAAUUUGACGUGUCCAGGAUCACUCACUUGAGCAUCUCACUCUACAUCCGCAAUCCCAACUCGCCGCCCAACUCCGGUAGAAGCGAGGAUAUCUUCAUCGGAACCUGUAAAGUCAACCCUCGGUUCGAGGAGACUCCAGAGCAAGCCGAAGCCAAGGCGAGCAAGAAGGAUAAAGAGAAAGCCAUAUCGGCCGGUCAGGUUGGCACCGAGUGGAUUGACGUUGGAUACGGUACUGGCUCCAUCAAAGUCGGUGUCCACUUUGUCGAGAACCGCAAUGAUCGAUUGACCAUCGACGACUUUGAGUUGCUCAAGGUCGUCGGAAAAGGUAGCUUUGGCAAGGUUAUGCAGGUCAUGAAAAAGGAUACGCGCCGGAUCUACGCCCUCAAGACCAUACGCAAGGCUCACAUCAUCUCUCGUUCAGAAGUUGCUCAUACCCUUGCGGAGCGAUCGGUUCUGGCCCAAAUCAACAAUCCAUUCAUAGUACCCCUGAAGUUCUCGUUCCAAUCUCCCGAGAAGCUCUACCUCGUCCUGGCCUUUGUCAAUGGAGGGGAGCUGUUCCAUCAUCUUCAGAAGGAGCAGCGAUUCGAUAUCAACCGCGCUCGUUUCUACACUGCGGAGCUCCUUUGUGCGCUGGAGUGUCUACAUGGGUUCAACGUCAUCUACCGCGAUCUCAAGCCCGAGAACAUCCUUCUGGAUUACACAGGACACAUUGCGCUCUGCGACUUCGGUCUGUGUAAGCUCGACAUGAAGGAUGAGGAUAGGACAAAUACUUUCUGUGGAACGCCAGAGUAUCUUGCCCCUGAACUGCUUACGGGAGGUGGUUACACGAAGGCAGUGGAUUGGUGGACUCUCGGAGUGCUUCUCUACGAGAUGUUGACCGGUCUGCCCCCAUUCUACGACGAACAGACGAACGAGAUGUAUAGGAAGAUUCUCAACGAGCCCUUGCACUUCCCAGGUCCCGAGAUCGUACCAGUGGCGGCGCGUGAUCUCCUGACACGCUUGCUUGAUCGUGAUCCCGCCAAGCGCUUGGGUGCGAAAGGUGCAGCUGAGAUCAAGGCCCACUAUUUCUUCCACAGCAUCGACUGGCGGAAGCUUCUGGAGCGCAAAUAUGAGCCCAGCUUCAAGCCGAACGUGGUGGAUGCCCUGGAUACGGCUAACUUCGAUCGUGAGUUCACGUCCGAGGCGCCUGCGGACUCGUACGUGGACGGACCCACGCUUUCCCAGACCAUGCAGGACCAGUUUGCCGGCUGGUCGUACAACCGGCCGGUAGCUGGUCUUGGUGAUGCUGGAGGCUCGGUGAAGGAUCCGUCCUUCGGAAGUAUCAGCGAACGAUGAGACGCAAGGAGGCAAAUGGCGACGUCAAUCGAAGUAGCAGUGGCCGCGCUCAGGAAUGAUUGCGACUAGUUUUGUUCAUGCAUGCGGAAAGGUUUGCGCUCCAUACUCACACAUUCCAGCCAUAGCGAGGUGGGCUAGGCGGAAGUUUUGACGGGUUCUGGGUAUAUGGGUUCCGCUGCGAUUCUCGUCGGGUCUUGUGCUGAGCACUUGGCGGACCCGGCGUCUAUGGCAGCAUUUGUGUUACCUAGUCUUGCAAUACAGACGAUACGAUACCAUAUGGUCUGCAGCGCGCUCUCAAGCAUGGACUCCUUCACAAGGCGCGGACGGUGGACAAGCUGUAC